UUUGACGAGUGGACGCCUUUGAUUGCACAUGCACUUCAUAAACAUUGUCGAAAAAGUGACCAAGUUUCGGAUUUUAUUUUUAUUUAUUUAUUUUUUUAAUUCCAUAUCAUCCAGUUUCCACUAACAAUGAAGAGUGCGCGUAAAAAAAAGAGUGUACAGUUUCCGCAUUUUUGAUUGGUCCUUCCGGAUGUCGUUUCCGCCGAAUUGUGCAGAUUCGGCCGAUAAAUCGUUUCGUUGACUUAUUUAAAAUAGUUUUUUUUUUUUUAUAAUUUUAGUGUCUUUAAUUUGUUUUCAAUUUAAAAUAGGGCUUGUUAAGUUUGACCUGGAAGGAAAAUUGAAGGAGGAUUUACAGAUGGGCUCAAACGAAUAAUAGCGAGUCGAACGCUAGUAUAAAAACAAUACUUGGUAGAAAAUCAGAUCAGUCGGGUUGUGACCACCGUAUCUACCAUAUCACAUUUUUAAUGCGAUAACACCUUUUCUUUCGUGAAUAACUUGCUUUUUUUUUUAUUGUGACACAUUGUUGAAAAAUUUAUUUGAGAUAUUUUCGGGAUUUUCAUGAAUCAUUGACAAUGUCUCAGGAUAAUCUUGGAUUUAGUGCCAGUUUGGAUUGUAUAGAUCAAAAGAAGCAACCAUCGUCGAAUGGUAGUUCAAGCAGGAAUGGAAAAGAUGGGGUAUAUACAGUGGAACUCCAAAGCAAGAAAAAGUAUGUCGAAGAACUGGAAGGCACGUAUGACCCGUACCAAAAUAGAGAAGUUGAGCACCCAACUACAUUUUGGGAAACAUUGUUUCACCUCCUGAAAGGCAGCCUGGGAACUGGAAUUUUGGCCAUGCCAAAAGCAUUUGCUCACGCAGGAUUUGCUAUUGGAGUAGUAGGUACCGCCGUAAUCGGCUUCCUGUGCACUUACUGCAUUCACCUUCUAAUUAGGUCAGAAUACGAGCUUUGCAAGAGAAGAAAAAUCCCAUCUUUGACAUACCCAACAACAGCUAUUGAGGCUUUGAGAGAUGGACCCAGGUGUUUGAGGCCAUGUGCCAAAAUCUCAGGAACUGUGAUUAAUUCCUUCCUGCUGAUAUAUCAACUUGGUACCUGUUGCGUUUACACAGUCUUCAUCGCAACGAAUUUAAAAUCAGCUUUUGAUUCCUUCCUCAAGGAGGACAUAGACGUAAGAUUGUACAUGUUGGUCCUUCUUCUCCCGCUGAUAUUUAUCAAUUGGAUACGAAAUUUGAAGUCUCUCGCUCCUCUCUCGACUAUCGCCAAUGGCAUUACUUUCGCCAGUUUUGGUGUUAUACUCUACUUCCUGUUUAGAAAUGCACCGAGUAUAGAAGGAAAAUCACCUGUAGGAAAAGUAGCAGAUUUUCCUCUCUACUUUGGAACUGUACUGUUUGCGCUUGAAGCCAUAGGAGUGAUCAUGCCUUUGGAAAAUGAAAUGAAUGAUCCGAAAAGUUUCGCCAAGCCCGCCGGAGUUCUAAACAUCGGAAUGGUCAGCAUUAUUGUUUUAUAUAUUGGAAUGGGAUUUUUUGGAUAUCUCACGUAUGGCGACGAUGUGCAGGGAAGCAUUACACUGAGUCUUGGGAAUGAACCUGCAGCUAAAGUUGUACAAAUACUUUUAGCGAUAGCUAUUUUUUUCACACACGCUCUUCAAUGCUAUGUCGCGAUUGACAUUUUUUGGAAUGGUUAUCUGCUCCCGAAAAUGGCAGAUAGUGGGAAAAAAACAAUUAUCUGGGAAUAUGUCGUCAGAACCGGGCUGGUUCUUAUUACAUUUCUUCUUGCCGUGGUAAUUCCAGAGCUAGAAUUAUUCAUCUCCUUGUUUGGUGCAUUAUGUUUAUCAGCCUUGGGAAUAGCUUUUCCCGCCAUAAUUCAUAUAUGCGCAUUUUGGGAAACUUCGACUCCAAUGGAAAGAGGCAUUUUGGUCGCGAAAAAUAUGUCUCUGGUGCUAUUUGGUUUAUUAGGUCUUGUAGUAGGUACCUAUACAAGUCUUGAGCAAAUUAUAACAAAGUUUAGUAAAUAAACAAGUGAUUUAUUAGAAUAUGUGAAAUAAUUAAGUAAGACAAGGGUGAGACGUCUCACAGUCAUAAAAAAGUAGAUCUUUUGGUUCAAAAAGUUCCAGAGGUACUUCCUAACCGAUCUAAAAGUUUUUUUUUCAAAAUGAACCUAAUUAAAUGUUGAAGAUGUGUGUCAAAGUUGGUUUAAACAAUAACUCAGUUUGUUAUUCAAGUUUUCAAGUUAAACUAGAAAAAAACACACCAUUAUUUUUCUUGGUCUCACCCAAUUUUUAAAUUAAUAUAUAAAAUUAAUAUCAUUACAAAAUUGUUGUAUUUUACAGUAUUUAGUAUCUAAGAUAAUAGCAAUUUUGUUUAAAAUAUCAAUUACCAAAGAAAAUUGUUUAAUUGUUGUUGACAAUUUUAAGUUUGAGUUUUGUUGAAGUAAAACCGAUUUCCGAUGGAAAAUGCUAACAUGCCCUAUUAAAGUUUAGAUAUUGUAAAUAUUCUUUAAACUAUAAUGAUUUAUUAUUAACAGUAGCCAUUUAAGAUAAACAAAAAAUUAACUCAAAAAAAAUUGUUUCAAGAUUUUUACACUUCACUGAAAUGUUUACCGAGUUUCGGUAAAAAAACACAAGCAUAACCUAAAACUGUUUGCGACUUGUCAAUUUAAUGAUUUUAAAUGUUAAAUAUUCUUUAAAAUGUAAUUUUUUUUAUACUUCCGGUUUCCGAUCAGAAGAAUAAUAUAACCUUAAAUUGUUAGACAUUUUUUUAUCUUUUUUAAAUCUAGACCGAUUUCAAGUAAGAACCACGAGCACAAUCUAAAAUUGAUAAAAUUGUGAAUUUAUUUAAUGAUAAUCUGAAAAACCUCAAAAAUAUGAUUCCUUUUUAUAUUAGAAAUUCCAAUUUGCAACGAAAAACACUAAAACAAACAAAAAAUGAUUAUUUUAAAUUGUAAGUAUUUUUUUAAUUCAUAAUUAUUUUUGUUUUAAAUAACCUAUUUUACGUGAAAAGGUUAACAUAACCUUUAAUUGUUCCUAAAUUGUACAUUUUCUUUGAACAAUUUUAUAUCUAUACCAAUUUUUGAUAAAAAAAACUCGAAGAUAACUUAAAAUUUGUUUUUUAAUGAAUUCUAUGAUUUUGAGUGAUAAUCUGCAAAAUCUUAUAAUUUUUUUAAUUAAAUAUUUUCUUUGCAAUUUAAUCAUUUUUGU